UCGAGUUGUUAUUGCUGACUGUUUCAAUGUAAUUCCUGUAUGAUAACCACAAGUUAGCAAAAAGUAUGGCUCUCUGUUUUAGAGGUGUGGACGUGCAGAGGAGGCGGCAGUCACAGGUAAUGUCAGUCAGGCUGGAAUUUUUGUAUAUGCCAACGCUUUCGCCUUGUUCGUUUCCAGUCCGAUCCUCUGGGUGUCUUUUAAGGACAUGUUGGAUUUGCCAACGCUUAGUCAAGUUUUGCUUGCAGAACAGCAGCAGAUUCAAUUGUUACUGACAAUAGCGGAAUAUGCUAAAGUAGUCACUGCACUUCCUGAUCACCAAAAGGAACGGGACAUUCAAAAUCUGACCCAAAAACAAGCACAGAAGCAUGCUUCAAUUACUGAAAGCAAUGCUGGCUCUGUUACCGACGAAGACGACUAUUCACUGGAGGUAGAAAUUCCUCGACCACAAAUUGAUCUUUGGAAACCCAUUGGACAAACCGGCGAUUUCGAUGGCCUUGAGCAUGACCCUGACACCGGUAUUGCCUUGAAUUUUGAUAAUGAAUUGCAACGGCAACCUUUGAGCCCCGAUAAAAUACCUUUUGCUGAAGUGACUCAACUCCCAACCUCCCCACCAAGACAUGCGCGACAAUCAUUAAUAUAUUCCAAGGUGCAAUCGAAUGCUUUUCCUGCAUCACCGUCUCCAACGGUAGUAGCCAAAACAACCAACGGCGACAUCAAUCCGUCAAUUGACCAUGUUACAAUAGAACCAUUAUCACCAUCGCAAUCCGUAGAGACACAAUCCCAAGAUGAUAUGGAAAAGAGACUAUAUAAUGAAGCUUCCGAGACCGAUGACAUGACGGUACCGCGGUCGUCGCAGAAGACAAUGGCACCACAACAAGGUGUUUUGGAUUCAUUGCCAAUUCGGCCUACCAGGCCUAAUGAAAUUCCAUCGGUCAUCAGGGAUGAGGUGGAUGGACCUGAGAAUCCGGAACUUCCAAUAAUACCGAAGGCACUGCUUGAUAUGACGCAUGAAGCUGAUGAUUCCGUUGUACCUCAAUUCAACGAUGAUGAGGAUGACGUCUACAUUCAAGGCAAUUAUAUAGAGGGAUAUUCAUCGCUGAAUGGUUCCACGAUCAUGACCAGUGGCAAGAGAAGAACAAAAGAAAAGAUCAAGAAAGACGAUCAGCGCAUAGUAACCUACAGAGGCUCCUCUCCAGGCGGUACAGCUGUCGACAUUAUUGAAAUCUUGGACACUCCCUCUCCGCCAGAUACAAUUCAAUACAAAGACCACGCUAAAAACUUGGCCAACAACGGUAAGUGGGAGUUUACUGGCAAGGCGGCAUUAUGUUGUUGCUCACAUACCUAUUUGAUUUCCUUUCUAGGCUACCUAUACCCAUCCCAGUCAUUUGAUCCAGAUCAGUCAAUCCAGCUUCCAGCUGACGAAAUGGACAAUGUGGCAGAACAAGUCAACAGUGAAGAUGUAGAUAUGGCACCAUACGAUACUAGUCAAGCAGUAUCUGAGAAGAUUGCUGCUAUGGAUGACCGAGAACGUGCUCUUGCCACACGCUUCAAACCUCUUCGUGCUAAGCGACUUCGAUAUAGUCGAAGUGGACUUACUCGAUCUUAUGCUAAAAGCAUGAACGUAAAGCAGGCUAAUAGAGGAUGGAUCAAGCGACGGCGAUGAGUUUUGCUCUUUGUUUUCUGUUUUUUUUUUCUUGGUUUUUUGUUGGUCAGAACAAUAAUGCCUCCAUGUAAUUUUAGCUACCUUUGUAAAAGUCGAAUACUAUCUUAAUUAUCCCUUGUACCAAAAA